GGCUGCGACGGGCGGAGCUCCAGCACCGCGGCCCGGGCCCUGCGCCGGUCCCGACCCGCCCCGGCCCCGCACGAGCCCCUCGGCACCCCCCCGGGCCCCGCACCCCGACAACCCGCCAGGGCCCGCACCCCCGUCCCUCCCCGGCGCCUCCUUCGGCACACCGGGCCCGCCGGGGCCCGCGCUGCUCACCGGGCCCUGCACCGGGACCCAGAGCCCUGAUCCGGGACCCUGCAGCGGUCCCGCCUUACUCCUGCUCGGACCCCGCUCCCUAGGGCGGGGGACACCCCCGAGACCCCCGCCCGACCCCCCGGUGUUGGUGUCGGUGCCGCAGCGGCCAUGCCCAGCGGCAGGACGCCGUCCCGGUCCCGGGGCCGGUGCGGGGACAGAUGAGCGCCCGGCACCGGGGAUACCGGUCCCGCGGGGACCGCACCAGCACUGAGCUGCCAGCAGGCGGGACGGUGGGCGAUGGAGGCGCAAGGGGAGUACCAGCGCUUGGAGGACUUUGAGGAAGACUCACCCCCAGGCGAGGAAGAGCUGCUGGUGCAUGUCACCGAGGGGCUGCAAGACUCUUGGCACCACAUCAAGAACCUGGAUAAUUUCUUCACCAAGAUCUACCACUUCCACCAGAAGAAUGGCUUCACCUGCAUGAUGCUUUCGGACAUCUUUGAGCUGGUGCAGUUCCUGUUCGUUGUCACCUUCACCACCUUCCUGCUGUGUUGCGUGGAUUAUGACGUCCUCUUUGCCAACCGGCCACUCAACCACAGCCACGCCGGGGGGGUGGCCCCUGACCGCAGCAAGGUGACACUGCCCGAUGCUGUCCUGCCAGCCCCGCAGUGUGCCCAGAGGAUCCAGGCCAGUGGCUGGAUCAUCUUCCUGCUGGUGAUGGCAGCUGUCUUCUGGCUGUACCGGCUGGUGAAGGUGCUCUGCAGCCUGCUGAGCUACUGGGAGAUCCGAACCUUCUAUAUCAAAGCCCUCAACAUCCCCUCGGAGGGGCUGUGCAACUACAGCUGGCAGGAGGUGCAGGAACGGCUGAUCUUGCUGCAGCGGCAGCAGCAGAUGUGCGUGCACAAGAAGGAGCUGACGGAGCUGGACAUCUACCACCGCAUCCUGCGCUUCAAGAACUACACGGUGGCCAUGAUCAACAAGUCGCUUCUGCCCGUCCACUUCCGCCUGCCGCUGCUGGGCUCCGUCGUCUUCCUCACCCAGGGCCUCAAGUACAACCUGGAGCUGCUCCUUUUCUGGGGCCCCGGCUCGCUCUUCCAGAACAAGUGGAGCCUGCGGCCGCAGUGCAAGCGGGCAGGCGCCCGGCGGGAGCUGGCCCGGCGCUUGGCACGUGCCAUGGUGCUGCUGGGGCUGGCCAACCUGCUGCUCUGCCCCUGCGUGCUGGUCUGGCAGCUUCUCUACGCCUUCUUCAGCUACGCCGAGGUGAUCAAGCGGGAGCCGGGCAGCCUGGGUGCCCGCCGCUGGUCCCUCUAUGGCCGCCACUACCUGCGCCACUUCAAUGAGCUCAACCACGAGCUGCAGGCACGGCUGAGCCGCGGCUACAAGCCGGCCACCAAGUACAUGAACUCCUUCACCAGCCCGCUGCUCACUGUGCUGGCCAAGAACAUCGGCUUCUUCGCUGGCUCCAUCCUGGCCGUGCUCAUUGUCCUGACCGUCUAUGAUGAAGAUGUGCUGACGGUGCAGCACAUCCUCACCGCCAUCACGCUGCUGGGGCUGGUGGUCACUCUGGCCAGGUCCUUCAUCCCCGAUGAGCACAUGGUCUGGUGCCCAGAGCAACUGCUGCAGCGUGUCCUGGCCCACGUCCACUACAUGCCUGACCACUGGCAGGGCAAUGCCAGCCGGUCGGAGACACGUAGCGAGAUGGCACAGCUCUUCCAGUACAAGGCGGUUUUCAUCCUGGAGGAGCUGCUGAGCCCCAUCCUCACCCCCCUCAUCCUCAUCUUUGCCCUGCCCACUCGUGCCCUCGACAUCGUCGACUUCUUCCGCAACUUCACGGUGGAGGUGGUGGGAGUGGGCGACAUCUGCUCCUUUGCCCAGCUUGAUGUCCGCAACCACGGCAAUCCCCAGUGGCUGUCAGCCGGGCAGACGGAGGCCUCCGUGUACCAGCAAGCAGAGAAUGGGAAGACGGAGCUGUCGCUGAUGCACUUCGCUAUCACCAACCCGCGCUGGCAGCCACCGCCACAGAGCGAGCUCUUCCUCAGCCAGCUGAAGGAGAAGGUGCAGCAGGACGCGGCCACUGCGCCGCCUGCCCAGUGCAUCCUGGCCGAGGGGCCGUUGGGAGCAUCCCUCCUCUCCGACGACUCGGCAGCUGCGCCAGAGGGCCUGCUAGCCAGCGUCCUGGCCCGGCCCAUCCUCUCGGCCAGCGGGCUGGCCCGGGACCGGCACUUUGCCCAGCCCUGCAGCACGGCCAGCGCCGCCGCCAGCGUCCUGGCCUCCCUGGCAUCGCCCCUGCCUGGGCGGGCACGGGGUCCCCCCGCCGACAGCCCCGGCUGCCACAGCGACCGCCUGCUCCCGGAGGAGAGCCUGCUCCUGAGCAAGUCACGGCUGCACAGCCUGAGCCACUCGGCACUGCUCUCCGAGGUGGCCUCGGCCGAGAUGAGCCUCCAUGCCAUCUACCUGCACGAGCUCCACCAGCAGCAGCAGCAAGGCCCUGGACCCCAGGCCGUGGGGGUGUGGGGGGCCACAGGAGCACCCAAGCCUCCCCCCAUGACCACAGGCUCAGCUGCCAGGGCCUCACAGGCUCAGCACCGGGAGAUGCCGCUGGGUGGCUGGGCCGAGGAAGAGGAGGAAGAGAAGGAGGAGGAGGAAGUGCAGACGACCGGCUAGCUGGCCUCAGUGGGGUCCUGGGCAUGCUGAGAGCUCCCGGUGCCAGGAGAGCUGCCAGGAGGCGCUGGCUGGGACCGGGUACAGCGGGGAUGCUUGCUGCUGCCCACCGUGCUGCCUGGGGCCGGGGCACGGGGUGGUCCGGCCGACCCUGCCCGCAUGGGCCCCCAGCUCAGGCGCGGGGCUUUGCGGGUGGCCCUGCUGCGGUGUGGGGCCAGGGGUGCUGCCAGAGGCAGCCAGCCCUGCGAGGUGCUAUAUUUAGGGGGGGGCACGGUGCGCCCAGGCUGCCCCUUCCUGGAGCUGGUGCCAUCCCUGCUUGCGCUGCCUGCCGGGGCCACUGCCCCCCGCAGUGCCCUGCCCAGGGCACCGGCUGCACCGAGCCACCAUGGGAAAUAAAGGUUUAUAGAGGGGCUGUG